UGGCUAGCCGGGGCUGCCCAGGGGCCCAGCAACAGGAAGCCCUGGGCGGGGAGGAAGCCCUGGAGGCCACGGGGCCCAGAUGCAGCAGGCGGCUGUCAGCAGGAGGCUCCGCGGGCGUAGCUGGCCCGGCACCCUGGACUGCGCCGGGCACCGCGCCUCGCCUGCCUGGGGGAGGCCGACUGAAGCCCCGCCCUGUGGCCCCUGAGCCACAUGGCCUUCCUGGGCCCCAGGACACCUGCCCCCAAGCCGUCGCCAGGCAGGAAGACAGUCAUGUGCUGGGUCAGUGCCACCAGCUUCAUGGCGGCCGAGGAGAUGCACUGGCCCGUCCCCAUGAAGGCCAUUGGCGCCCAGAACUUGCUGACCAUGCCUGGGGGUGUGGCCAAGGCUGGCUACCUGCACAAGAAGGGCGGCACCCAGCUGCAGCUGCUCAAAUGGCCUCUGCGCUUCGUCAUCAUCCACAAGCGCUGCAUCUACUACUUCAAGAGCAGCACGUCCGCCUCCCCGCAGGGCGCCUUCUCGCUGAGUGGCUACAACCGGGUGAUGCGGGCAGCUGAGGAGACGACAUCCAGCAACGUCUUCCCCUUCAAGAUCGUCCACAUCAGCAAGAAGCACCGCACGUGGUUCUUCUCUGCCUCCUCUGAGGAUGAGCGCAAGAGCUGGAUGGCCUUGCUGCGCAGGGAGAUUGGCCACUUCCAUGAGAAGAAGGAGCUGCCUCCGGAUGCCAGCGACCCCAGCUCGGACACAGACAGCUUCUACGGUGCGAUCGAGCGGCCCGUGGACAUCAGCCUCUCUCCGUACCCCACUGACAAUGAAGACUACGAGCACGACGAUGAGGACGACUCGUACAUGGAGCCCGACUGCCCAGAGCCCGGGAAGCCCGAGGAUGCCCUGAGCCACCCACCGGCCUACCCCCCACCUCCGGUGCCCACGCCCAGGAAGCCCGUCUUCUCUGACGUGCCCCGGACCCCCUCCUUUCUCUCCAAGGGUCCAGGCCCUCUGCUGCCACCCGCACCCCCUAAGCGCAGCCUCCCCGAUGCCGGCCCGGCCCCCGAGGACUCCAGGAGGGAGCUGCCGGGCCCGAGGCGGCUCGAGCCCGGCCCCAGGGUGCCCGCCCCCUCCCGGAGGGUGAGUGACCCCCCACUGGGCGGCCUGCCCGCCGUGCCCAGCCGGAAGCCACCUUGCUUCCAUGAGGACACCAGCCCCGGCCCAGAGCCCCGGGUCCCUGGCCACGGCGCCAGCUCUCCCUCUAGCUCUGCCAGCGCAGCCGCUGCCACCUCCAGGAACUGUGACAAGCUCAGGUCCUUCCACCUGUCCCCUCGGGGGCCACCCACACCUGAGCCCCCUCCCGUGCCAGCCAACAAGCCCAAGCUCCUGAAGAUGGCUGAAGGCGCCCCCCCGAGGGAGGCAGCCAAGCCCGGACUCUUCGUGCCUGCCGCGGCCCCCCGGCCUCCCGCACUGAAGCUGCCCACGCCCGAGGCCACAGCCCGGCCCGCGAUCCUGCCCAGGACAGAAAAGCCGCCCCUCCCCCACCUCCAGCGAUCACCCCCCGACGGGCAGAGUUUCAGGAGCUUCUCCUUUGAAAAACCCUGGAAACCCGUGCAGGCGGACACGCCGCAGGCGGACACUGGUGGGGAGGACUCGGACGAGGACUACGAGAAGGUGCCGCUGCCCAGCUCAGUUUUCAUCAACACCACGGAAUCUUGCGAAGUGGAAAGGCUGUUCAAAGCCACGAGCCCCCAGGGAGAGCCCCUGGACGGCCUCUACUGCAUCCGGAACUCCUCCACCAAGUCGGGGAAGGUUCUGGUCGUGUGGGACGAAACCUCCAGCAAAGUGAGGAACUACCGCAUCUUUGAGAAGGAGGCGAAGUCCUACCUGGAGGGCGAGGUCCUGUUUGUGAGCGUGGGCAGCCUGGUGGAACACUACCACACUCACGUGCUGCCAGGCCACCGGAGCCUGCUGCUGCGGCAUCCCUACGGUUACGCCCGGCCCAGGUGACACCUGUACUGCACGCUGCGGGGCAGACACGGCCACGGGCCCACAGCCCUGGGCCACGCAGAAGGAGACGGGCCUGCACGGGAGGACGCACGGGAGCCAGCACCGUGCUCUGACCCGGGGCCUCCCCAGUGGACACCUCACAGAGAUUGCCAGGCCAGGCCCCGCCCAGCAGGCUGGGUCCCCGGGGCUCGGCCAGGCCCUGGGCUCCAGAGACUUGUGUGGGGCUCUCCUGUCUCACCCUGCCCACCUCCCAGGAGCCCAGGACUGAGCCCAGCCUGGACUUGAUUUACAGAAAUUCUGGUACCCCCGGCACGCCUCCCCGGCACUGGGCUGGGAGCUGGGCAGGGCUGGGAUAUUUGGGGUGGGGGCAGGGGCUGGACCCCCCAGGAACGCUACAACGCAGGCUCCGUGAGGGGCUGGUGCCGCACAAUAAAGCACAGAUGACAUUUGCCCCGGUGGCCAGGGCUGCACUGGGAAGAGGGCAUGGCCGGCCUUACUGAGUACCCACACCAGCAUCCAAGUGUUGACUGUAGCAGGUCAGCUCACGGGACCUCUAGGAGGUGGUCUUGUUUUCUAGGCCACAGGGCGCUAAAUGACUUACCCUUGGGUCCACAGCUGGUAACAGAACAGGACCCAAAAAGUUGGACAGUCUGGGCCCAGAGCCUGUAUCCAAAACGCCAGGUUCUGCUGCCAGAAGUCAGGUCCAGGGCAGUGAGGCUACAGAGUUAAAGGCUCCUCACAUCAGUAAUUGGGUCAUUCGUUGGCUUAACCAGUGGUUACUGGGAGACAACUGGGCAGAAGGUACGCACAGCGCCCACCGUCCACGGCAGCGGGGUGUGCAGGGGCUGGGAGCUUGCAACCCAGCUGGGGGCUCCAGGAAGACUUCCUGGAGGAAGUUAUGGCUACAGUGCUGCAGGAAGAGUAGGCCCUGUGUCGGCCAGGGGUGGGUGGGGACAGUGGCACCCAGAUGCCCAAGUCCUCUGGUCCAUGCCUGGUGCAGGCCCAGCACCCAUCAUCCCCAUGCUUCCUGCCAUGGAAUUCCAGCAGGCUGCUCUGCCUGGCGUGGCCAUCCAGGCUGGAAUUUUUUUUUUUUUCCUCAUAAAAACAGACUCAAGUGGGUGUCAGGGCUGGCAGGGAACCCAGGGUCAUUUGCUCCUCGCUGCACUUUUUGCUGGGAACGAGGAAUUUGCGAUGUAAAAGUCAAGCCACAAGAGCCCAUGUGCCCACUAGCCAUUGAUUAAUGGUUCCAGAGGAAGGCCCUUUGGAUGUCCCCUCCCCUGCCCUGGGCAUGUCCUGGGGUGAGGUGGUGGUUCGCUGGAGGAGGAGAGAGGAGUCCAGUCAGGUGGGAGGCUCCUGGAGGUGCAGCGGGGAAGACAGCAGCCGUCUCCUCCCGGGAACCAAGUGUCCAGCACCAUCUCUACAGAUGUUUCUUCUGCAGCCGCCCGGUGGAGGUGGGGGCGCCGGAGCCCCUGCUGCUCCUUCCGCAGCCGCUGUGGGAAGCCAGCAGUUCCUCUUUCCUGCGGUUGCACUCCACUGCCCCGAGCCCAGUGACGCACACCAGUCCCCGCUGUGGCUUGCAGUUUCCCUUCCUGGGAAAUCAGAAGCAGCUUGCAGCAGUGUCCGGGGUCUGCUGUGCUGCUGAUGGCUGUAGGACACAGGACACUAAUGCUUUUAGCUGACAUGCAGCCGCUUGGCAGCCAGCUCAUACUUGAAGACCCCUGAGCUGGAAGGUUGGGGGGUUCUGGUGUCCAGAGCCAGGUGAUGGGUCCUUCUGGCUGCCUGGACAGAUGAGGCCUGUCUCUGCUAGAGGCCCAGCCCAGAGCCCAGCCCAGGGCCUGCCGGGACAGCUGCCCUCCUCUUUGUGAGUUCACACCCCAGGCCCAGGGCCUUGGUUGCUAGAGUGUGUGUGUGGAGGGUAGUGGAUGGGGCCCCAGGCACCGUCCUCCAGCACGCAGGAGGGGCUGGAAGGGGUCCCACUCCCCCGAGACCUGCCAUGAAUGUUCUAUUCCUCACGUAGGGCUGGAGGGUGGUUACCACUGGCUGAGCACUUACUGUACUCAAGGUGCUGAGCUGCACGCUUGACUUAGGUCUAAUAGCAGCUGCCCUCCAGGCAAACUGUUUUACAGGUGAGAAAACCCAGGCUCAGAGAGGCCUGGAUUCUAGACGCAGCCCUGUGAUCUGUCCUUCACUGCUGAGCCCAGACCCUGGCCCCCGCCUAGCUCCCUGCCACCCGUGCGGCCUCGGACAGUCAUUGCAGGGUGUCUGGUUAGCCUGCCUCCCGGGGUUCUGGGCAUGCCUUCACCCAGCGAGGGGGCCACAGCUCCGCGGGGGACAAGACUGACCUGCCUCACUGCUCUGCCCUCCCAGCCCCAGUCUGUGGGUAAACUGACGGGGGCCCCACCCGAGGCGCUGUGCUGCUCCCUCACCUUACAGAUAGGGAAACUGAGGCUCAGAGAGGCUUCGCUGACCUGCCCAGCCUGAUGGUGAGUCCAGAGAUGGUUCAAUUCCUGUGCCAGGGAAGAGGGCCCUGGACACUUUGGGAAGCUUCUCCAAGCUGAGCACUGAACGUGGUUUUACUUUUCCUGCAGUUCAUCAGGAGUGCAGUGAGCCUCUGUACCUUCUGUUCAUAGAGAUUUUUAUUGUCAAAAGAUGUUUUUAGAACCAGAAGAGACCUCACAAAACAAGCCAGAGUUGCUCCCAGUCCCAACCCCGAUUCUGGGUCACAUUGCAUGGACACCCCCUGCUGGUCCGAGGGGGAGCUUCUGGCACCCCAGGCUGAGCACCAGGGGCCUGGGCCCAAGGGGCUUCUCGUCCAGCUGGGCUGCACUGGGCUGGCCUCUGGAGGGCAUGGCAUAGAGGACAGCAAGGCCACCCAGGGAAUAUCAGGCAGAGCUGGCACUUGAACCAAAUCUGUGCGUCUCUAGAGGGGCAGUGAGGGGCAGGCCGCAGCCUGUCUCUGGCUGUGACUCAGCAGCGGGGAGCCCCUGGCUGGGCAGCCUGCACACACAUCGGGCCCCCUGUCUGUGCCCCGGAGACAGUUGCUAGUGGCCAUCCCGCAUCAAGCCACCAGCACUCUCUCAGGAGGGAGAGUCGUGGGAUGCAAAGCAGACCUGACCCAUCUGCCUCCUUCAGACUUCCUUUGCUCCUCAGAAACGUCAGAGGCUGCCUGACAGUUGCCCCUGCAUUGCCCUCCAGCUGCAUCCCUGGUCACACUCCGAGCUACUCAGAGCUGAGGCACCUCCUUUUUCCUUUCAUUUCCGGUGGAAUGAAACAUUCAGAAAAGUGAACAACACAAAUGUACAGCGUAACAAAUUGCUAUGAAGUGAACCAGCCCCCAUGUACCCUGCCGAGCUCAGCACCACCCCCUUCCUCUCUCACAAGUAACCCCUGCCCUCGCUUUGGGGAGGCUCACAUUCCUGUUUUGCUAUGAAACCUUCAUCCAUCACAGUGCUUUCCUGUUUUCGCACGCUAUGUGAAUGGAAUCAUACAGGUGCAAGCUUUGGCGUCUGGCUUCUGCUUGUUACGUCUUUGAGAUUUGUCCAGUGUGAUGUGCGUAGCUGUAGUUUGUUCAGAUUCGUUGCUGAAAACUGUUCCAUUGACACUGGUUCACAGAUCCAUUUUACUGUGGAUGGAUGUUUAGUUUGUUUGUAGUUUGGGACAAUCACAGACAGUGCUACUAGGAACAGUCUUAUCUGGGUUUGUGACGCAUGUGUGCACAAGGGUCUCUAGGGUAUGUACCCAGGAGUCUGACUCCUGAGUUCUAGGGCCUUUCACUGUUUUCCAAGAAUUUUGCAGUAAAAGAGACUUCCCUUGGUUCCACAUCCUUGCUAACACUUGGUAUUGUCAGCCUUUUCUUCAUCUUUGCCAAUCUG